AACGUCUUCCUGUCUUAGCCCCAGAUAGUGUGUCGUUCGUUGUCUUUGCCGUGACAUGGGGCCGUUGUGGAGAAUGACGAGCGCGGUUCUAAGAAACGAAAGAUUGAAUAGCCAUGUGCGAUACAAGAAGGGCCCGCCUCGUAUGUAAAGUUUAAACUUUGGAGUGACGGCUGCCGUUCCCGCUCUCUAAAAAAUUUUGGCCUAAUCCUUACAGCUCACGCUCCACAGCCCGUCGAAACUCCAUCAAUUACACGUUCUCGAAUACAUCUGAGCCGCAUGUCUACGCAGUAGAUUCUCAAAACAAUGAAACAGCGCCUGCACGGUGCCAUUGUGGCCUUAGGCUUGUUUCAAUACGCAUUGGCUCAAGCAACCAACUCGUCUGCUGUCCUGGAAGAGUUGCAAAAGGCCUUGCCAUCAUGUGCACUUCAAUGUACUCUGACGGAGGUGCCCAAAUCGACUUGCGCGCUCACGGAUAUCUCGUGCAUAUGUACGAAUGAGGCACUGAACAACGAAAUACUCGUCUGCUUGCAACAGAGUUGCACAGUGGUAGAGCAGCUCCAGACAAAGAAGGUUUUCAAUGGUGCCUGUGGUGUACCCGUUCGAAAUGUCGGCUCCCAUCUCUCGGCCAUCAACUGGACAUUUUUUGGACUAGCAACCCUGGCCGUCGGUUGCAGGUUGCUUGCGCGCCUGAAAUAUUUUGGCGGCAACUUUGCUUGGGACGACUACACGAUUGGAAUCAGUCUGCUUUGCCUAACGCCGAUUGCUGUUAUUGCGCAGUUGAUGGUUGACCACGGGCUGGGACAAGACAUCUGGCAGCUUGAGGCUCAUGAUAUCUCCAAGACGCUCCUUUAUUUUUAUAUUGAGGAGUUCUUGUACGUCUUUCUCUCCAGCGUCACGAAGCUGUCGAUCCUGCUCUUGUACCUUCAGAUAUUCAAGACGAAGAGUUUCCAGAUACGGUGCUAUGUUGUCAUAGCCCUGAUCGUUGGCUAUCUGCUUGGUGGAACAAUUUCGACGGGCUUGUACUGUCGUCCUCUCAAUUACGUUUGGGAAGGCUGGGAUGGUCUGCAUCCUGCGAAGUGCGUCAAUAUCAACGCACAGACAUUUGCCAUGGCAGGUGUUAAUAUGGCCCUCGACAUUGCAAUUUUCAUUUUGCCCAUUCCGCCAAUCAUGAGGUUGCAUAUGACGAUGAGGAAACGGAUCGCUGUUUCUGGGGUCUUCGCCACUGGUUUAUUUGUCACUGCUUGUAGUGUUGUACGCCUAACAACGCUGCUGAAAUGGGGUAAAUCACAAAACCCUACUUACGACUACACUGAGGUUGCGAUAUGGUCUCUUAUUGAACUUAUGACUGCUGUGAUUUGCGCUUGCAUGCCGGGCAUAGCCAGUCUAAUCCGGCGAGUCUGGCCUCGCGCAUUCGGAACAACAAAGGGCAACUCUUACAUGAAUUCGGAACCGUUCUCGAGCAACUUGGAUCAAAAGAUGCAAUCGUCAAAGAAUAUCCAAUCAAGGACCAUCAUAUCAGUGUCAUUCGCUUCUAGGGACGCGGCGAUGAAAGAUGAGCACAGCGAUGAGUUCGAGCUCACCCCCGGUCCAGGUUUUAGACAUCAAGGAAAUUACACUAGAUACUCGGAAGAAUCCUGAUUUUUGGUAUGAAGCAAAGGUGUACAAUAGAAUAAAGUUCUUCGCUCGAAUUGACACUGUCAGACGAGCAACGUUUAAUUCGUUAGAAAGCAGGACAUGUCUCAUUCGCCGACCAGCAGGUCUCGUG